UCCCCGUUCGACCUCCUAGUUCAAAGUGUGAUGCAUGAGCAAGUCAAAGAUAUCUUAAUAUAUCAACAGACCCCGCUUCUUUCCUCAUUUGACUAGCCAAAGCCUGCCAGACUGCUCAUUAAAAUGAUACGAAUAGAUACCAAAGUCCAUUACCGAUGUCCUAAUUGACUGUACAAUGACUGACUAGGGGCCCAUGAGACAACAAAGCAUGCAGCAUGUAUCAAUUGUGGGCCAUCACUGCCAGAGGAGAGGCCCGUUCACCCAGUAAACGCCAGGGUCAAUGAUUAGUCGGGAGAAAACACAGUCCGACGCACGAGAUUAGGAAAAAAAAUGAUAACGCCGAGGACCUCGCUGUUCAAGCAUAACAAGUAUUCUUCAUCUCAACAAUGGUGGGAAAGGACAGGUGAUGGUCACAUCACAUAUCCUACUCAAUCAUCAGACUCCGAGGAGACGUUUCAGCUAGCCUGAUUGAAGCCCUCUUGCUGCCAAUCGUCACCAUGUCGCUGACCACUACCACUGCCACUGCUGCCAAACCCGCCUUCCCCGCUACUACCAUACGCAGCGGCAGCGGCACUGCCAACAGCGCUCAUAGCACUGUGCUUCUCAAUCUCUGUCGUACUCAUCAUGUACAGAAUAACGAAAAGGAGAAUGUGCAGGGCGAAGCAGUAGCCCGCAAAUAGAUUUCGGCUUGUCCGGUUCGCCAGGAUAACGCGGGUGAGCGAGAACACGAUCCUCUCUGGGAGGGUCAUACGCUUGUAAGCACGGGUGGAUUCACGACCCCGGAAUGCAGCAAAGGGUGAAAUACGGGCCUCGUAUGCUGAUUGGUACCGGUCCGGCGCAUCCCCAGAAGUAUAGAUGGAUGCCGAGCUGGGGGCAUUGGCAAAAGAGGAAGCUGACGUAGAUGCCCCUUGGCCUCGGCUAUACGUGGACACGUAGCGAGUCUUCUCAUAGAGACUCAAGUUAUCCUUCUGGAGAGUUGAAACUUCCUGCCGUAGAGACUUGACAGUACUAUACAUCUUCGAGAGCUCCUCCUCAAGCUCGGCGUUCUUCUUCUUGAAACGGUCGCGCUGGGCCUGAAUCAUGGGCAGAAGGCCGGAACCACCUCCCACUGCCUCUCCCGCGCGAAUGGCUUCCAUAGUAUUGGCGGAAGCGCUACUCUGGUCAAAGCCAGAAAUGAUGGACGAAGUGGGAGAUACCGCCCCACUUCGUCGAGAGGAGUGUGGAUACCUCGAAGUGUAAGUGCCUGCAACAGACAUCGCCGAUGAUGGGAAUGCAUUGGCAGCCUCCUCUUGCACGCGAAGAAGAUCGUUCUCUAGCGUAGUAGACAGACCUCGUGACUUGUCGAGUUCUUUCUUGGUGGACGAGAGCUCGCCGCGUAGAGAUUCCAGCUGGCCCUGAAGGUCGCGAGUUGAUACCCGGAGAACGGCAAGUUCAUCAGUCAAUUUCUUGUUUCGAGCCAUCAGAAGCUGCUCAAGUGAGCUUUUGUCUUUGCUAUUCGUCGUGGCAGUACCAUUGGUGCCGGAGGUUUCGUUUUCAGUCGUCGCCGCUGCUUCACCCGCGUCGUCAUCGGCACCAGUAGCAAACUCAAUUGAUUUGAUCAUUUCCAGCUCGCGGCGAAUCUCAUCGUAGUCAGCAACCUUUUCAAGGCGCGAGCGCAGCUCGACCUUCUCGGCGGCGAUUUUGGAGGCAUUUCGUUCCGCCUGGAGGAGCUUGGCCUCCCAGGCAUGGCGAGUCGAGUCCUUGUCAUACCGUGCAGCAUCCAGUUUGCGCAACAAAGCCGAGUUCUCUGAUUGCAAGCGCUGAUAGCCGGGGUCAUCCUCGAUAGAGCUGAGCUGGCCAGAAUUCGAGUGCGACGCGGCUUGCGCCAGCUCUAACCGAAGCUGCUCAUUCCGCGCCUCCAUAUCGGCCAAUCUCAAGCUGGUCUUUUCCAGAUCGGCAGAGACAAGUUCUAGUUCCGCAGCGGUAGCGCCACUACGAGCACCUUCUGUCUCUUCAUCCUGGCUACCACCGAGGCGCUGAGAGACCUCAUAGCUGGCCUUGAGCUCUUUUAUCAAUCGUUCCUGGUUCUCAAGUUUCUCCUCCAGGCUUUUCUCCUUGGCCUCCCAGUUGCUGGUCUUUUCUUUCAGCACUGCAUCCCAAGAAGCCUCGAUCUCUUUCGCCUUUGAUUCUUGAUUCUCUUCAAGCUUCUUUCUUGCAGCGCGCUCCUCCUGGAGCCGUUUCUCGGUUUCCUCCUGCUGCUUCGUGAGACGAUCGACGGAGUGCUGCAAUUGGUCCCUUUCCGAGGUGAGUUUCGGGACUGUAUCCUCAGAUAAAACGAGGGAGUCGACGGAGGCUUCGAGAAGUGGGUAAGGGUCUGGUGCUUCGGAUAGGGACGAGUAGAGUUGAAGGAACGAGGAUGAUGACGCCUUUCCUUGGUUGGUCAAAAGGUCGAUGAAUGAUUGGUAGGCCUUCAGCAACCCCUUGUAUUCCGAUAGUUUGGCUUCGUCCUCCAGCUUCUUAAAGUCCUUGGUCUUCUGAGCCAGUUCCUUUCUCUGCACGAGAGCAUCCCGUUGGUGUGAAACAAUGUCCGAGGCGGUGGUAUCGAGUUUUGCAAUGGUGCUAGCCAGGUCAAUUCCUGUAUGGUCAUGAUUUUAGUUCUCCAAUUUCAAGCUUAUUCUUGUCCCGCCAGUUUCAGGUUAUUUACCUCGCCAGGCUGCGAUGGCGCGCUGGAACUUGUUGGUCUCUUCUGACAGUUUACUAGAGACCGCUGGCAUGUCAUCUUGUCGCUCCUGGGCGGCAAGACCCUCUGUUAUGGCGAAGGAAUCCAUGUCCAGCGUUCAACAAAAGAGUCCUGGACAGUCACCCCACACCGAGAGCGCAAUCCUCUUUAGAGGAGUACGAUUGCGCGGAGAGCUGGGAUCUGGACACGCGGCGCGGCGCGGCCGAUUGUUGUUCCGUGUUGUAUACUGAUGGGAUUAAAUUAGAAGAACAGAGAUAUAAAUCGUUAGUUUGUGGAUGCUUCGGCGAUCACUGGUCAGAGGGUUAUCUGGACCAAUUUGGCGUGUCUUUCUGGACACUCAAGCAUAGACCAAAAUACUGUACAAGUGUUCCCUCGACAGCCGUUGUUCCGAGGCACCCGCUGUUCCUAAUUUAGCGGCCCCUGAAGCUUUGGCCCCGACCCCAAAGGUAACGCUGACCGCCUUCCCCCCAUCUCUCUCCAAUGCUCUGGUUUGGAGAUCACUUGAAAGCUAGCCAUCAUGGCUUCAGAUGAUGGAGUCGGUCCUCGAAAGAGGCGGAGGAUAGGUCCUCCCGGAUCAGAACCUUAUGUCUUACGUUCACUGUUCGAUGACGUCCCGCUGGCGACGGACGAUAGCUCGGACGUUUACAUCACCUGUGUCGAGUACUGGGAUGGAAAUCUAUACAUUGGCACAUCCGCGGCGGAAGUCCUACACUUUGUCUGCCUACCAGCGGCUUCCGAUGACGACUCGACCGAACCUACCUUUAUCCUAGCAUCGCGACUGCCUAUUCCAUUCCAGAACGAAUCCUCCAACAGCGAUCCUCCAGGUGUUCGACAAAUCGUUGUAUUGCCGUCGGUGAAUAAAGCCUGCAUUCUUUGCAAUGGUAUGGUUACGUUCUACAUGCUACCAGAGCUCAGCCCGGCGUUUGGGAAUACCAAGGUCAAUCAUUGCCGCUGGAUCGGUGGCUUGGAUCUCAACCAAGACGCUGCUUCUGAAGAUGAUCCGGUCGUGAUGAUUGCCGUUCAGAAUAGUGUUAUGUUGAUUCGCAUUGGAGAGGGAGCUCGGCGCAUCAAGCAGAUCAAGUUCCCCGGUUGCUUGGUGGCAGCGCGCAGAGGCACCAUCGCUUGCGCAGCUGAUACCCAUGCGUACUCGCUCUUGGAGGUGGAGCACCAACAAAAGAUUCCACUAUUUCCUAUAUCGUCUUCAAGCGAGGUCUUCGAAUCUGGCCAUGUGGAAGAUAUUCCGGCCGCACCACAAACUCCACUAAAGCGGUCGCCUUCCUCAUCGUAUCCAAGUUCGCCUCCGAUGGACCCUCAUGUGCAUGGCAGAAGCAGCAGUUUGAAUACCUUCGUGGGCAUGCUGCAGCCUCAUGCACAAACGUCAGGACACAGUCGAUCGCCUUCGGGAACACCGGACCCUUUCACAUCCACUGGGAGCAUCCGUCGUUCUAGCUCAGAGGAGCGAGAUGAAGGGGAGGAGGGUUCCCAAAAGAGGGCCUCGGAAAGCCCCGAGCGGGAUGCGCAGGCGGCGGACACGGACAGUCUGAAGCCACUACCUCCACUUCCCCCUCCAAAGCCAGUCCAGAAACAGCUACAGCUACAGCCCCACGUUGUAUCCCCGACUCCAACUGAAUUCCUUCUUGUAACUGGAACAGAGCAAACCGAGCCCGGUGUUGGUAUGUUUGUGGAUUUGGACGGCGAAGUUGUUCGAGGCACGAUCAACUUCCACCGGUAUCCCAAGUCAGUUGUAAUAGAUGCUGGCGAAGACGACCAAUCUCUGCAGCCAAACGACGAUUUCAAGGAGGAAUAUAUUCUCGCCUUGAUUGACGUCGGAGAAGGCGGAGAGCAACGAACACGACUUGAAAUCCAACGGUGGGAUGACGAUCCUGCCGUAAUAGAACGGCACAAGAAGUGGCUAGACAUACCAUCUUCGCCCGGCGAAUCCCAGUCUACUCAUGUCGGGUUGAAGCACACACUUAGCCCCAGUCAUCUCGAGGACAAUGACAUUGGCAGGCUUCUGCAAAUGGUUCGCCUUAAGACACCGUUGCUAUCUCCCCACGUCGCCACCGUUGAUCCUCGCACUCAGGAGUCCAUGGAGCAACAGAAGACAGAAAAGGAACUGUUCGAGUCGCAAGAACUGACUGAACCCGAAGGGGCUAAGAAAGGAGAUGCAGGGUCAGCAGAGCGUGACUGGGAAGGUCAACGCAACGCCGAGGAAGCGAAAUUCGUCCGCGGACUAGGAAAGCUGCAGAGCAGUCUCGUCCUGUGGUCAGGCUCACAAAUCUGGCGGUUGCUUAAGAAUCCUUUGGUCAUUCAGCUAGAGAAUACUCUACAAAAGGCUCAGCAGGUAGAUGACAAAGGACACAUUACUCUACAGAGGGAUGCGGUCAUGGAAUUGAUGGUGGCAAUCCAGGAUACUGAGCCCAAGACCGAGGCCGAAUUUCUUGGUCUGGGAUAUCUGAAACAAAAAGCCAGUUUGCUUCUCUAUGGAGAUCUGUUGUCCAUGCACGCGGACUAUCGUGCGGAUCCUAUUAUCAGAAACACCGAAAAGGCUCUCUUAUCGGGCAAUUUAGAUCCUCGACUGGCGUUGCUGUUCAUUCCUCUGCUUCGGUGCGAGGUGCUACAGGGACCACAGGGUAUCUGGAUACAGUCUGGCUUGGCAGAGACCACGGCAAAAUAUCUGGAACAAGUCGAGCAGACCAGCGCUACAGCCGAGGUGCAUAGCUCUUUGCUGAACAUGGUGAAGCGGUUCCUUCUCUCAUGGCAACAAAAAAGAGGCUACGGCAGUAUCACCGAUGAAACGUACGUUUUAGAUAGCACUGAUGCUGCACUCCUUCACCUGCUUCUGGAACAAGACGCACAUUCGAGUGCGCACCAGCACGCUUCAUCCACACGCAGCGAGCUGAACAGGUUAGUCGAUAAUUGGAAAGGCAAUUUCGAACGAGCCGUUGCCCUUCUGGAGCAGUACAAGCGGCUUUACAUACUGAGCCGGUUAUACCAGAGCCAGAAGAUGUCACGAAACGUGCUCAAGACCUGGCGGAGGAUUAUUGACGGAGAAUCCGACGCCGGUGGGGAGGUAACAGGUACCGGCAUUGAGGCGCAGAUGCGCAAGUAUUUGGUGAAGAUCAAAGAUGUCCAAUUGGUGGAAGAGUAUGGCUCAUGGCUUGCGGGACGAAACCCUGCACUUGGUAUCCAAGUGUUUGCGGACCACAACAGCCGAGUGAGGCUUGAGCCGGCCGACGUGGUAGCAUUGCUCAAGGAGCGUGCUCCCAAUGCCGUCCAGGUAUAUCUGGAGCACUUGGUCUUUGCCAAGAACUACACUCAAUACGCCGACGACCUCAUUGCAUAUUAUCUUGACGAGGUUCUUUCCGUCCUUGAGUCUUCCCCCGCAGCGCGGGCUUCUCUCGCCGAAUCCUACUCGACCUAUCGAGCAUUACGCCCUCCCAAACCAACCUAUCUCAACUUCAUCACCGAGAACACUCCCGCCGAAGCCUGGUGGCAGUCCCGUUUGCGCCUUCUACAGCUCCUUAGCGGCAUUUCGGGCACUCAAUUCUCAUCCACGGCGCUGCCCUCCGGCAUCACCUACUCCAUCCCAAACGUGCUCGCCCGCAUCGAGCCCUAUCAAGAUGACCUCGUCUCUGAGAGCAUCAUCCUCGACGGCCUACAGGGCCAGCACCGCGCAGCCCUCCGCCUCCUCACACACGGCCUAGGCGACUAUGACUCCGCCAUCCGCUAUUGCCUCUUUGGCGGCCCACGCAGCGCCACCUCCUCCGGUGGUACACAGCCUGAGCUAGCCGCGCAUGACCUACAGGUCACGCUUUUCCGGCACCUGCUGGACGAGUUCCUGCAAAUCCAAGAUCUGGCAGAGCGUAUCGAACGCACAAGUGACCUACUUGGCCGAUUCGGGGCAUGGUUCGACGUCCGAGAGGUACUUGACCUCGUACCCGAGGACUGGAGCGUGGAUAUCCUGGGUGGAUUUUUGGUGCAGGUGUUCCGAACGCUGGUUUCGCAGUCACGGGAGGCACGUAUUGAGCGGGCGCUCAGUGCCGGCUUGAGCCUGCGGGUGGGUGUGCAGUACACGGAUAGUCUGGAGAAGGCGGGUCCAUGGAUGGAGGAUGGUGAGGGUUUGCGACGGUUGAAGGGAAGUAGUAAGGCUGAGGUGGGUGUGCCUGGUGAUGAUGCGAUUACUGCUGGGGAGGAUAGUGACUUUGGUGAUGUGGUGGGUCCUACUGUGUAGGUCUGUGGCCUGUCGAAUAGCGUUUGCAUUUAUGAUACCUAGAGCAAUGAUACGAUGUCGAACUUGAAGUAUCUCUUUCAUUUUUCAAAAUUUCGGUUGUGUGGAGUGCAUGAAUGAGCUGGUUUCCGUCCAUUAAUGUAGUACGAUUCAAGCAGAUUGGGCAAGGUCUUCAUGAAGACAAUUCCCCGAGUGACAUAACAGGACCUCCAUCAUCAUAAUGAGAGAUGGAAAGGAUGAGAUAAGCUGAAAGAGACCAGAAAAAAAAAAGAAAACCCAUCACAUUGCAUUCGUUCCCUUCGUAGCUCAAAUGAGCAUCGACCGCCGCCUCAGCUAGACAGUCCGGGUCUAUCAGAUUAAAUUUUUGAAUUCUGAAUUCGGAUUCUUGAAUAUACUUCUUUCAAUCCAAGAGCAUGCAAAGGGGAUAGAGAGGUAUUCAGAAGCCUCUUCACACUGCCUUCUGCAUGCAUGAUGCCGACAGGCCCGAUGGACAGCGACACUCGGGCGAGCAACUCAGGCGUGAGAUUGCGGGUACAGGCCACAUUUACUCCUCCGGCUGCACGAAGGGAUUGGGGAUUUCUUCGCUGCCGUCGGCAGGCGAGAUGAGCACGAUGAGAGUGCCACGGGCAACGAUCAGGCCCAGGGAGCGGGUGGUUGAGUUACCCGCGUCAU